AUGUCGUCGAGGCUGUUGGGACUCCUCAUCCUGUCCUCACUCUGUUCAGCCAUGCUGCUACCAAACAGCACCUCCGUGUGGUCCAGUGAAGAGGAGGGCUCCACGGACCCCAACACCUACCAUUGGCCCGCUCCAGACCAGGAGGCACCAUCAGAGUCUUCGGAGGACACCCCCCCCUGGUUGCCCGUCGCUCGCAGCUCCCCCCUGCAGAUGCCCCCCACAGGUCUGCCCAACAGCAACAUGACCGUAGGCUCUGGCAAGCUCCGGAUGAUGGGGGACGCAGGUCCCCCCCUGCCUGAUAUGGCGAUCUGCGACAUGCUGAUGAACGCGCCAUCACCACCACCCAUUGACCAGAUUCCAUUUUUCUGCCUCUGUUCGCAAUGUAAAGGCACCGUGGGGCCCAAAGGAGACCAUGGAGACCGGGGCCCGCCAGGUCAACCUGGGAGUCCCGGAAGAAGAGGAAUGACAGGGUUCAGAGGUCGUCCAGGAUUCACAGGCCCAAUGGGGAUAAAAGGUCAGAAGGGAGACUAUGGUGAGAAGGGGCAGAAUGGCGCCAUCGGUUUCAACGGGAUGAAAGGCGACCGAGGCUUCAAAGGAGAAAAAGGAGACCGAGGAAUGAUAGGGCUCCAGGGAAUCCAGGGUCCCCAAGGAGAAUCCGGGACAUGCCCUGCUUCCUGUGAGAGUGUCCAGGGUCCAACGGGUCCACAAGGCCUCCCUGGACCAGCCGGAUCUCGAGGUCUACCUGGGGUCCGUGGACUUGGGGGACCUAAAGGUUUUAAGGGUGAUAAGGGUGACCUCGGCAUGGCCGGCACCCCUGGGAUGGAUGGCCAGAAGGGUGAUCGAGGCGAGCAAGGGUUGUGCAACUGCACAGACGGGAUGGAUGGCACAGAUGGGAGACCUGGGGAGAAGGGACCUAAAGGGGACAAAGGUGACAUGGGUACCGAGGGUGUACAAGGCCCAAUAGGCCUAAAGGGCAACCAGGGCUUCAUUGGCCCCAUGGGGCCACCCGGGCCCUGCUCCCCAGUCAUCCAUUCAGCAUUCUCUGCAUCUCUCAACCAGUCGUUUCCUGCUCCAAACUGGCCCAUUCCUUUCCCACAUGUCAUUACCAACCAGAUGGGGCAUUUCAACCCCGCCAUGGGCAUCUACACGGCUCCUGUCAAUGGCACCUAUGUCUUCACCUCCCACCUCGCACUCUCCGACAAGAUGCUUAAGGUCGGCCUGUUCCACAACUUCUACCCUGUCAUCAAAACAACAGCAGUAAACAGCCAAGCCACCACCAGCCAGACUGUCGUCCUCCAUCUCAGCAUGUUAGACCAGGUGUGGCUGCAGGUGAAGAACUCCACCACCAACGGCAUUCACAGCGACACUGAGAGCAGCAGCACGUUCUCAGGAUAUCUGCUGUAUCCUGACUCUUGCGAAUACCCAGUGGGCCGACAUCAUCAACAUUUGCAGAACUAUCAGAGGGGAGACUUCGGCUGGAAUGGUCCACCACCCAAAACCACCACUCAACCACCACAUUAG